AUGACUCUUUUCAAUUUCGCCCUCGCCGGCAACCGAGUAUUCGCAACCACCACCAACACAAGCGCCGACGUAUCCGCCGGUGGGGUGGGCCAGAGGCUUGGGGGGGUUAAUUUAUCACAUUGUUAUCGCGUCGUUUGGGGAUGGAUAGAGGUGAUUGAUUCCGUCCUUGGCGGCGAUGUCUGGUUUAGUCACUUGGUUUCUGUCGCAGUCACCCAUUCCCCCUUACCUCUCUAUCACUCAUACCCGCCAGAACGACGACGCAAGUGCGAUGUCGCUCUCCAACCUCACUGUCACUAUCGCCGUGCGGGUCCUCGAUGCCGCGCCAUCUGUUUGCCUCCCUUCUAUCACAUCUUGAACCGUGUUGCCACGCACGCCCUUCACGCACGCCCUUCAACGCGGGCAUGUAUGACUCUUACCCCCCCUCCCCCUCCUCGCGGGUGGUGGCCUGGGCGCGGCGCCGCGCGGCGCAGCACUCCUGCCUCCCUUCCCUGCCUCGCUAUCCGGUGGGAAGCGACUCAUCGAGGUGAGAAUAGCUCGAGCUCAGCUCAUCUCAUCUCAGAUCUGACAUCGGUUAUCCCUUGCGUGAGUCCAUCCAUGUAUCCUCUUCUGCCCAGUCAUUCCAGCCACGAUCUGGUGGUAUGCAAGGGGCAGGCAAGCAGGCGGAUCGCGUGCGCGUGCGCGGCUGCCUCCCUGCCUACUGGGUGUGUAUUACGCGCAGGCUGCAGGUUAUACUUCGGCCGUGAGGGAGGGCCAGCCUACCACCAGAGACCCGGUUCAGGCGAGACGGAUCUCCCAAGAAGGCGAUACCGUCUCCGGAACCAGCACCAGCUUCAGGAGCCAGUGGUACGGCAAAGUCGGCAGCGGCGGUUUCGGACGAGCGGUUUGCACAGGUGGGGGAUUUGGGUGCGCUAG